UAUUCUGUAUGUAACGGGGGGCAAUAAGACCAUUUCGGGGGCGAAAGGGUGGGGAUCGACAGAGACUCCCGAUAGCGUACCGGACAAUAGAAAAGUUCAAUCGAGAUUGGAGUUGAAUGAAGAACAUCAUCUUAUUUGGGAGUAGGAGAACUGAGUUUUGUUGGCAUUGACCAUCUUGGACAAACGUCCCCUCACGUUUCUUUAUUAUUUAUUUAUGCUGUCAGAACAACAGCGAGGAAAAGAUCGAACAGAUCAUGAGUGAACAACAGGAGCACUUGGGCAGCGUCAAUGAGAUCAGCGGUAGCAGCAGUCCAGAACUGGAUUGCGUCAAACUGGCCAAGACAAUUGAAGAGCACCCAGAGCUGGCAUACGAAAGGAAUUAUAGUCUUCAUGGCUUCGAUGUCAUCCCUCUUUAUGAACUGGUGGCAAAAGGAGCCAACUUGCAAACUGUUGUAACUGUGUAUGAUUUGGCUCCUGAUGCCAUUGAAUCUGCUUACCACGAGCAUCCUACUAGUAUCACGAGGCCGAGGACGAGGAAAAUCCAACCGGGAUUGGAAAUGCUGUCCAAAGAAACUUCAAGACCCAGUGUCCUCUUAUUUCUGAUCGAGAAACACCCAGAUUUGGUGGCCUCUCUGGAAGUCUAUGUUGCUGGCCGUAUCAUCCGCAAUCUCCUGUGCAAUGUUACCCACCUCAACCAAGAGGAACUGCCCAAUCUGGAAAUAUUGCUUCAAAAGCUGCUGGACUCUAUACCCAAAUGCUGCCGUUUCAGUCACCUACAUCAGAUUUGUUUGCUCGAGGGCUUUUCGGAUGCUAUCAUCCAAACAUUUGCAGAGAAAACAUUACAUGGACUGCACCAUUUUCACAUGCAUGAACCAAUUGUCAGCGAGGGGUACUUGAAAGCACUCCGGUUAAAAUUGCCUUCUUCGGCACAUUUGGCAUUUGGUAGUUGGGUCAGGUAUGGCACACUAUUCCCAAUCUGAUCAACACAAUUGCCACAGAUGGGACAAACCUAAAGUCUCUGGAUCUGUUCUUGCCAUCAGGGUUGAAUGAUGAUUCCAGCGAGACGCGCCAGCUAGUCUGCUCUCUUCUAAAGGUUGCAAACAUGCCCAAGAUGACGCGGCUCAUGUUGAAAAGUUCUUCAAGUCAGCUGCAGCAAGCCAACGAUAGCCUCAUUUUUGGUGAUUUGGUGGUGGCAAUCAGGGAAAGGAGCACUCCUAUUCCUUAUGUGGAGCUGUCUCAGUUUCAUCUUGUGGGUGUUUCGGAGGCUCUAGCAUCAUUGUUCCUCUCUCCAAAUGGUCCCAUGGAACUGGCAUUGCUGCGCUGCCAUUUUGAAGGUGACUUGCAGUUCUCAGUGACACCCACUGUGGACACACCACAUGCAUCAACUCUGAAUAGACUUGUCAUCAGUAAAGUGGAUACCUCUUGUGAUGGUCUGCAGGCAAUAGUGAGUAUGUUGUCACAAAUGCAGAGUUUGGAAUUUUUGGAGUUGUCAACCAGACAGUUUCAUGAGGCCACAAAUGAUGGGGCCGAGCAUAUUCUGGCUCUAGUACAACAAUCCAAGCAACUCAAAUCCCUGAACUUGGCUUUUUUUCGAGAAUCUCAUCUUGGACGACUAUGGGACAUUUUGAGGCCAGGGGAUCACAGAUUGGAAUCGUUGGGCUUGAUGUUGCUACCAGAAACGGCCCACAUCAGCCAUGAGGGCCCUCGACGAGGUAAUGACAUGGGUAGAAACGUCAC